AUGAAGCUCGCACAUGAGAUCUUCUUCAAUGACUACAGCAUCAAAUUUGGCCUGGAACAUGCAUGGAGAGAGUUGAGGCACGACCAAAAAUGGUGCACGAGUGGCAAAGCUCCGGACGGUGCGUCAUCAAAAAGAAGAAAGGUGGCAGACUCGGCUCAGUCUACAACCUCCAUGCCUGCAAGCGAGAACGACGAAGAGGUCGAGGCUCGUCCGCCUGGAAUGAAAGCUUCUAAGGCCAGUGCGAAAAAAUCAGCAAGCGACAACAAGGACAUGAAAGAGUUUUCGUCCAUGUGGAAAAUGAAACAAAGGGAUCUAGAGCUCAAAUAUAAGAUUAGAGACAAGAGGAUACUUGAGAGCCUUUUAGCUAAACCUGAACCACUUAAUGAGAUAGAUAUGGCACUCAAAACCAAGUUAAUUAGAGCUAUAUAUGAUCUUUAG